CAUGCGGACUGGCGGGGCGUCCCGGGCCAGUCGCAGCUAGUGGAGCUCUGAGGGAAGGCGAGUCGGCAUGUUCCGGUUGCUUCGCUGGCGUCUGGGUCGAACCCUGCUGCGGGCCGCGGGCCGGCGGUGCGGGGGCUGUACGGCGCGCCUGCUGCCGGAGCGGACGGGCGACGCGGGGACAGGCACCGAGCGGCUGCGGACCAGAGGCGCGCCGGCGCGGGGGCACAGGGUGCUGCCGCUGUUGGCAGCUCUCGCCUGGUUCUCGCGACCCUCGGCGACGGCCGAGCAGCCCGGAGAGGACGCGACAGACGAGACGGAGGCCGAGAUCAUCCAGCUGCUGAAGCAAGCCAAGUUGAGCAUCAUGAAAGACGAGCCAGAGGCAGCCGAGCUGAUUUUGCAUGAUGCUCUUCGCCUUGCAUAUGAGAGUGACAACAGGAAGGCCAUCACGUACACCUACGACCUGGCAGAACAGCUUUUUAAAGCAACAAUGAGUUAUCUGCUUGGAGGAGGCAUGAAGCAGGAAGACAAUGCAAUAAUUGAAAUCUCUCUGAAACUGGCCAACAUCUAUGCUGCUCAGAAUAAACAGGAAUUUGCCCUUGCUGGCUAUGAAUUCUGCAUUUCAACUCUAGAGGGGAAAAUUGAAAGAGAAAAGGAAUUAGCAGAAGAUAUUAUGUCAGAAGAAACAGCCAAUACUUACCUCCUCCUUGGUAUGUGCUUAGACUCUUGUGCACGCUACCUGCUAUUCUCCAAGCAGCUAUCACAGGCACAAAGGAUGUAUGAAAAAGCCCUGCAGAUUUGUCAAGAAAUACAAGGAGAAAGACACCCACAGACCAUUGUGCUGAUGAGUGACUUGGCUACUACUCUGGAUGCACAGGGCCACUUUGAUGAUGCCUACAUUUAUAUGCAGAGGGCGUCAGCUCUGGCAAGAGAGAUAAAUCACCCUGAGCUGCACAUGGUACUCAGCAAUCUGGCUGCCAUUUUGAUACACAGAGAGCGAUACACACAAGCAAAGGAGAUCUACCAGGAAGCGCUGAAGCGAGCAGAGCUGAAAAGAGAUGAGGUUUCUGUUCAGCACAUCAGGGAAGAAUUGGCUGAGCUGUCAAGAAAAAGUAGACGUUUGACUUAAUUUUGUUAAGCUAUAUAAGUUAAUUUUGUUGUAGAGAGGGUAACCUCUGAUUAUCCCAAAGGAGUAACUGUUCCUUCGUUGUCUGGACCUCAAUCAGUGUGUAAAUCAUUGUUGAAAUUCAACGUUCGUCAACUUGGCUUCGGAGAAGGACAAGUUGCAUACACUGCCACUUUUGUUUCUAAAUUUAUUUUACUUUGAGAUGGGUAUCUCUAUGCGUAGGCUGGCCUGGAAAUUGCUAUAUGCUUGAAGUUGGCCUCCAACUUGGAGUACUCCUCCCUCCUCCCUCAGCUUCGAAAGUGCCUGGCCCUACUUUUGUUUUUAAAGGUGAAACAGCUUUUACCCUGUACUGACUGUAUAUAAGGUACACUCCGUGCUCAUCUGAGAAAGUUACAGACUACAGUUGGCCAAGUUCCUCGUGAUAUGGUCAUUAUACCUUACAUAAGAUUUUGAUUCAUGCUUACUUUUCUCUAUCCAUUUCCUGCAAACAAGUUACUUGUAUCAUGACACAGGAGGAUUUUAGUUAGCUCUCUUACACACUAUUUUCCUGAUGCAUUGUGAGAUUUAACGACUAUAAAGGGGAAUGAUAAUUCUAAUUGGCCAUCAUUAGGCAGCACUUCUAAAGUGGAAGUGAGACAUUUGGACUGUAUAUCUGUUUGUAUGUAACUACUAAAAAUGAUGGUGGCAGAAGGAAUGAAGCCCUCAUCAGCACUGUCUGAACACUGGGCUUCCCUUAUAACCACAGGCACAGAGUGGAGUAAAGUUAUGCUUACAGCACCGAUGUGCACGGGGUAAUGUGCAGCCCCUGAUCUGGAUCCUAGUUGGCUCUACUUCUGUAUUUUGCAGUCUCUGAAGUCUGAAACCAAUUAGAUUGUUUGUCUGAUGACUUUAUCACUGCCUCAGAGUAUAUAAAUAUUGUGAUACAUGGAUGGAUGCUUUUACCUUUGCAGUCUGGCAAAUGGCUUUUUGCCUAAAAGAAACACAUUUUUUUUCUGGGUGCUACGAAGGAACCCUAGUGGUAGAGGUAGGCGGUGUGAGUACAAUUGCCAGUGGACUUUGGUUCAUGUGUUUGUUCUGGGAGAAUCUCUAUAAUAAACUAGAGACUACGCAAUUGUAUGGAUUCUAAUAAUCUUGGAAUCAUAGAAAAAUAAUGGCCAAGUUACUAGACAGACAUACUAAGGUCCAAGUCCUCAGAGCUACCCCAGAGUCUGUUUGAGUUCAUCUACCAUUCACUUCCUAACCACAUGUGAUUUUCCUACUAACCAUGAAUAACCAGGUAAGAGUUCAGUUACCUUUGCUUUGAAAAUGUUUUUACUUUUUCACAAUUCCAGAGUUACCCAAGUUAGCUGUUAGGCUUUUUAAUGUUCCGUGGUGACUGACCUCAUGUCCUGUGGCUGGGGACACGGUCUGUGUAUGUUCCCAGCAGCAUUCGUUUGCACUAUUAUAAAAAAGGCAGUGAGACAAAGGGACUCAUCUCCUUUUACUGAUUACAACUUUUAACAAUUUACAUUUAAUUUCAUAUUAAAGUUUUAAACUAUACCAUGUUACUAGGGUUUUCAGGGCUUAAGUGUUUGUAAGACAAUCACAGCAUAUGAAAAUUUAAAGUGUAGUAUAAAAUUUCUCACUAAAUAGACUGGAAAAUUGUCAGGAUAUUACCUCUGCUGGAAGACCUUGAUUUAGUUGCAUGUGCAUGUGUUACAGAUACAGUGCUGGCCCACAACAAAUGCUACACCUUGAUUUGCAGCUGAGGUCACAGACUCAGUACUUGCUUCUGCCCUCCUCGGUAAGACGUCCUCCACCUCUCUAGGUAAACUUUGUAGGGAUUCUGUUCUGUUGUUUUGAAGUAAGAAAUGAUUCUGGAUUUCAUGUUGUAUUGUCGUGAACAUGGAUAGCACAAGCAGUCUUCAGGAGGAGCUACAAGAGUAGGUGACCAAGCUAGAUUGACUGAUACAGUAAGACAGGGCCAAUCAAUCAUCAUCAUCAUUUCUUGGGCUAGUUGACAAAGUGACUUACUAAUAACUUCUAGACUUAUGUGACUAUGACUUGGCAGGGGGACACUUUCAGCAGUAAACCUAGUCAGAACACUUAGUCUUCAUUAUGUUUGUGACUGUUGUAAAGGUAAUGACUUUACAAGUGAUAAGAAUCCUGUUCUGGCUGGUCCAGAACUCACCUUGUAAUCCAGACUAGUCUUGUACUCUUAGUGAUCUGCCUGCCUCUGCCUCCUGAGUGCUGGGAUUAAAGGUGUGUGCUAUGAUGCAUAGCUAAAGUUUAAGAUCUCAAAUGUCUGUCUUUCUUACUUGCUGAGUUAUACGGACAAAUGCCUAGCCUGCACCUUCAUCUAUAAAAAAGUGAUCAGAAAACCUGUGGUGUAGAUAGAUGCUAAGAGGUGCUUGGGCAGUGGUUUUAGAGACUCAGAUCUCCUGAAGACCUCCCUUUCCCUUCUAGUUCUUAGUGGCAUUGCCCCCAAACUGCUAAGCAUCUGUGUGCAGGAAGGAAGCCUAACACCAUGGUCAGCCACAUGAGAACAAAUCUGAAUCACAGCAAGCAAUUCUUAAUGAAUAAAGGUGAUCCUACAGUGCCAUAGUUAGUUUCAAUUCAGUCUUUAAAUUACUUGCACCUUAAGAAUCUGUUCCCUAGAAGCAGAGAAUGGGCACUGAUGCAGAGGACUGUGCUCAACGGUCAGUUCACGAUGCAGCAUAAAAACAAGCCUGGAAGACAGAAAGUUCUAUACAGUGUUAUCUUUUUAACUCCGCCAAUUCUGUAUCUAAAGAAAAGCAUGUAUACUAAUUGUUUGAAACCUGAGAAACGAAGAUUCUUACGUCACAAAUGAUGUACUGUAGCUAUGGACAGGAUAGAGUCAAAAUUUAUUUCAGAACAGAAGCUUUGUUGGGCUGCAUCAAGUGCAAAAGAAUACUUAGGGGGUGUGGUUAAAUUACCAGUGUGCAUAAACAUUGAGGUAUGCCUCAAAAAAGCCUUUAAACUUUAAAACUGAACUAUAACAUACCCAUGCAGUAAUUUUUUUCAGUGCUACCAAUGAAAGCCAAGCCUGCACUGGAACUCACAAUAUGACAGUUGUGUUGCUCCUGUCUUCUGACCUCAUACAGGCUUUAUGACAGGGUAUGUGUUAAAAACCUAAAUAUUUCCACAAGAUUUAAACAUCACUGGGAAAGCUGAAUUUAGAGGAAACAAAAGUACAAUGCCCAUGACAGCCAGCACUGCGGAACUGGGCUGUGUGAGGUUUAGAGGCUGGGGUUAAAAAGAUACACAAAGAAUUUUAAAAAUUCUCCCCAGUUGAUCCGCUGAUUUAAAUUUAAGUACACCAGAUACUACAGCAAGGAGAUACACUGCAAAAAGGUCAUCUAUUUACAGAAGAUUGAUUUAAAGACAUCAUGGUUUUCUUUACAAACAGAUGUAAGAACAAGAAUUGUCCACUUUAAAAAAACCUCUCCACUUCACCGCCACUGAUAUAAUCCAUUCAAGUGCCUAUAUUAGAGGCAGAGUUUUUGUUUUUUCCCAUUUGAUUUUCCAAAUGAAUUUCCAUCAUUUCUUCCUCAUCCAUGGCCCUGGCUCUCCUGAGAAGUCUCUGGGCACAAAUCAUGGGAGGGCAGAAUCUUUUUUUUUUUUUUAUCUU